CGUCACAGCCAAGAUCUGCUCGACGAUAGCCCAGCUGUAGAUGGACUACCGUAAUUGUAAACAACCUUGUGAUCGCCUUCUUGGUGCGUGACCAAACUUUCUUUGUCCAGCUUGGAACAUCUGAUCUUCGUGCUUAGUGGCUGCAAAGGACAAUCCACACGCCAAAAUGCUUACUCGUCGACAGAUUGACGUGCAACGAGAGAACCUGGCUUCUAUGUGCAGGAUCUCUGUGAAGUCACUGCUGGAUUAUGCUUGCUUGUACACACACGUGGAUGAUGACAGUGAGGAGUUCAUCAACUUUUGCUCUGUGUUUGAGCAGAUGGUUGUCCACAGACUCAGACCCUAUCAGAGAAAAGUAUGGCUCCGUGGCUCUGGACCUCCCCGUCACUUUUGGGAGGUUUUGGUAGAAAACCAUAACAGCCGUCGGGGUUCCCUGUUCCAGACCUGUAUCCCUAACAUUGAGGCCAUCGAAACUCUCAAGUCACCAAAGGCCAAGCUGAGGGCUUUCAUCCGAGUGGCUCUCAUGGAGAAAAGACUGUCGGAUUACAUAUACUGGCUCUUGGAGAACCCAAGGCUGAUCAGGGAGAGCUACAUGGAAGGUGCAUUGCUGGCCUCAGAAGAAGCAAGUGUUUUGUGUGGGGACCUUAUUGGACUUAAUGCCAUUGACUUCAAUUUCUGCCUCAAAGGAAAUGAGAAUGAACUUCUUGGACCUCUGGAGAUCAGUUAUGCCCCUUUCCUCAAGUACAAGCAAACGUCUGCCAGUCGCUCUAGUGAUGAGAUCGAGAUGUUGCGGCUGAGUGGAGAGCCCUCCGGCGAGGUGGUACAGACUCUGACAGAGGGCAACCUCAAUGACCUCUUACGCCUACAGAGCCUGGAGAAAGAUUUCCGCGGGAUCAAAGAGCAGAAGGACUACUUAGAAGAACUGGUGCGACUUCGGGACAGACAGCUGGCAGAGGCAAACCUGCGCUUGGAAAACAUGCGAAUAGCCCAGCACGGGCGUGAGCAGGAUGUGGAGAAGGAGUACAAGCUCAUGAAUGUUUGCAUGUUGGAGCUGCAAGAAGAAUUGUCCAAGUUACGACAGCAGAACAACAGUCUGAAGCUAGAGGUGGCUGGGCUGAGGCAGUACAAGGAACGCCUGGAGAUGAAGGAGGUUCCUCUCAUGGACAUGGCCGGGCCUGAGAACAUGCAGAUGGAACACCUCCCAGAAAGGUUAACUGCACCACCACCGCCCUCAAUGAUGCUGCAGCCAUACUCUAAGAAAGAAGCGUCUCCGGUACCAUCAGACCGACGCAGUAUUCUGUCCUCUGCAUCUGACCACCUCCACUUAAGGGAGGACUCGCAGAGUAUGGUGCCCCUCACUGGCUCACUAUCCGAUGUCAACGCUGCUAUUGUUGAAGCAACGACGAAGCCUAUUGUCACCUCAGCUGAUUCAUCGUCUCGGGUGCCGGCGCCCAUAGAAGAGGAUGUGCCUGUGGCUGAAGAAAGAACAGAUGGUAACAGUGCAGUGGAUCCAAAUCUUUCUCAAAUUGUGAUGGAAGAGAGCAAAGAAGUUCUUCAGGCAAAAUCGAGCAUUCCAGAGUCGAACAUGGAGGGUCCAUCACAAGAAAGUAAUGUGGGCACUGAUGGGAACACAGACCCUUCAGUUCAGAACCAAACUGGCCGGACUGGGGAAGAAGAGACCGUUUCUCCUGGCCUGAACGAAAGCUAUGUCCUGACUGGAGAAUCUGACGCGGAGGAAAAAGACAAAUCCACUACUGUGCCAUUAGUGUGUGUCACAGAAGCACAAGAGGAAGAUUCUCCCACCGAUUCGCCGGUGAGCAUUGGGGAUCCUAGCAGCGCUCCCUCACCGGAAUUUGGGGAUGGAGAUGGUCAGGUCAUGGUAUUGUCUGACGGAGCUGGCAGCUCUGACAAAGAAGAAGAUGUCUCGAACUCUGACCCAGAGGUCUUAGAAAGGGGCAACACCAGCAGCGAUGGGAGUGAUGCAGCCUGGGAAAUGCUCUCCGAUUCUGAACAGAAGUCGGAAGCAGAGCAGUAAAUGUCUUUAUUUUGUAUUGUAAUGUGUCAGGUACAAUAUCUUCUUUUUAUUUUAAUACUUGGUCAUGUUCCAAGUCUUGUCACAGAGGACAUAAAUCCUGUCCAUAUAUCACAUGAUCUCUAUCAUAGAAAGACACCAAUCUCUGAAGCUUAUAAAAUAAAUAAAUAGAAUGUACACUUAAUUCAACAUUUACUGCUUUGUAAGUCUAAUUAAAAAUACAGUUUUCGUGAAACCAUGAAGUUGUCCUCUCUGCAGUGCUACUUCAAUGUUGCAAUAGAAUUGAAACAGUACUUGUGCUAUUGGUUUGCUUCAGAGGGGAAGUUUCUUUGACUGAUUUUUCAGCAAGCAUUUAGAACAUUAUCAUUAUGAUUGAGCUAAAAUAUAAAAGAAGCUGAAUUUUAUAGAUUUCUAUCUAACCCUGAACUGCACAUAUUGUGUUAGAUCGAAGAGCUAGAACUUAGAUAGCUGCUGAUGAGAAAAGUAGAAGUAAAGUAAAGAACAUACUGUAAUAGGAGUCAAAAAGCAUGGGAAAUGCUCUUUAAAUCUUCCUCUGUCUAGUAUGGUUCAUUCAGAGGGAGAUAAAUUGGUAGCUCCUCUGAGAGUGGUUCUAAUCAGCGCCAGAUGGUUCUGUGACACCUGGCAACCUCAGAAUUACAAUGUUCUAUCUGCUCAGUACUUAGUUUUGAGAAAUUUGACAUCAAAAUUUUUUUAGUUUCACAAUCCAACCUUUUUCGCAAGCAACGCUUUGAAUAGAUUGAUAACGACUUUGAAUAAUCUUGCAAUUUUGAUAGAGCAGUUAGAAUAUUUGCUUUCUGACCUCAUGGUCUUAGUUACUCAAAACGGCCAAAAAUGUCAGAUAGAACUUUGUAAUUCUGGUGUAGUGACCUGUUUCCCAUUUUUCAGACAUGUCCUAACUCCCGUUUUCUUGACGUGUAAACGCUGCCGUGUUUUCCACGAACUUUUCCUUCAUUAAAAUCCUUUUCCAAAC